AUGCGACCGCAUUCGGAAUCAGUUGUUAGUGUAGCUUCUACGUACUCUUUACCACCAUCUCACAGCCAUCUUAUGGUGAACCAUAUCGAUGCUGCAGAUGAACGUAAGAGUCCGAUUGGAAAUCUGUCAUCUCAGAGUUUUAGCGAUCCAAGCAAGCGAGAACACCUAAAGAAACCGCUGACAUCAUCUCACAGCAUCGGGAACGUAGAAUCGUUCAUAGACCUGGGCGCAGAGCACGUCUCUCCAGCACAGCAGCGAUUCGUCUCCUUGCAAAGUCUGCCAGGUCAAGGCCGACAGUUUGGCUCUUCGAUUAUAGGGGAUAACUGUUUGGUAUCUGGUGCUCCACAACAAGAUGAGCUAGAAUUACCCUUACCACCUAAUUGGGCUAUAGAAGUGACACCCGAUGGUUAUAGAUACUAUGUCGAUCAUAACACCUGUCGGACGCACUGGAUCCAUCCUCUAGCCCGUGAAAACUUACCACCAGGAUGGAAUAAGAUUUUCCAACCCAGCACGGGUGUCAUUUAUUACAAUGAAAUGGAUGGACGAUCUCAGGUCGAGCAUCCAGGUUUGGCACAGCCACUAAAUCAACCUAUAAAUCAGCCUAUUGUCCCAAUAAACAGGACAGAAUCUAUGAUGGUAGCUAGUCGACGCACGGAAAGUGCUGUGGAACAUCUGAAUAUUAAGAGCUAUCAACAAUGUGUUUUUGUAGCAGAUCAUUUGAGAUGA